GGCGCCGGCAGGAUGGCGGCGGACACGCAGGUUUCCGAGACACUGAAGCGUUUUGCUGUGAAGGUGACAACAGCUAGUGUGAAGGAGCGGAGAGAAAUUCUCAGCGAGCUGGGGAGAUGUAUCGCUGGCAAAGAUCUGCCAGAGGGAGCAGUAAAAGGGCUCUGCAAGUUAUUCUGCCUGACUCUGCAUCGAUACAGAGACGCGGCCUCCCGCAGGGCUUUGCAGGCAGCCAUCCAGCAACUGGCCGAGGCCCAGCCAGAGGCCACAGCCAAGAACCUCCUGAGCUCUCUCCAGUCCUCAGGUGUUGGCUCCAAAGCAGGUGUUCCGAGCAAGAGCAGUGGCUCGGCCGCCUUGCUGGCUCUGACCUGGACCUGCCUUCUAGUGCGCAUUGUCUUUCCCCUGAAAGCUAAGCGGCAGGGAGACAUCUGGAACAAACUGGUGGAGGUGCAGUGUCUGCUGCUGCUGGAGGUGCUGGGUGGCUCCCACAAGCAUGCUGUGGAUGGUGCGAUGAAGAAGCUCACUAAACUGUGGAAGGAGAACCCUGAACUGGUGGAGCAGUACUUUUCAGCUAUCCUUAGCUUAGAACCCAACCAAAACUAUGCUGGCAUGCUGGGGCUGCUCGUGCAGUUCUGCACGAAUCACAAAGAGAUGGACGUGGUCAGCCAGCAUAAGAGUACCCUGCUAGAUUUCUACGUGAAGAACAUUCUGAUGAGCAAAGUGAAGCCUCCGAAGUAUUUGUUGGACAACUGUGCCCCCUUGCUCCGGUUCAUGUCCCACUCGGAGUUUAAGGACCUGAUUCUGCCCACCGUACAAAAGUCCUUGCUCAGGAGCCCGGAGAACGUUAUUGAAACCAUCUCCAGUCUCCUGGCAUCAGUGACACUUGAUCUCAGCCAGUAUGCCCUGGACAUCGUGAAAGGCUUGGCUAAUCAGCUGAAGUCCAACAGCCCCCGUCUGAUGGAUGAAGCUGUGCUGGCACUGCGCAACCUGGCCCGCCAGUGCAGUGACUCCUCCGCCACUGAGGCCCUGACCAAGCACCUGUUUGCAAUCCUUGGAGGCUCAGAAGGAAAGCUAACUGUCGUAGCCCAGAAGAUGAGUGUCCUUUCAGGGAUUGGAAGCCUCAGUCAUCACGUGGUAUCUGGGCCUUCUAGUCAAGUCCUGAAUGGGUGUGUGGCUGAGCUGUUCAUCCCAUUCCUCCAGCAGGAAGUGCAUGAAGGUACCUUGGUACACGCCAUCUCUGUCCUGGCGCUCUGGUGCAACCGGCUUACUACAGAAGUGCCCAAGAAGCUUACUGACUGGUUCAAGAGAGUUUUCAGCCUUAAAACCUCCACCUCCGCAGUGAGGCACGCCUACCUGCAGUGCAUGCUGUCCUCUUUCCGAGGUGACACACUCCUGCAGGCCUUGGACUUUCUGCCUUUGCUCAUGCAGACGGUAGAGAAGGCGGCCUCCCAGAACACUCAGGUUCCCACAGUCACCGAAGGGGUCGCUGCAGCGUUGCUGCUCUCCAAGCUUUCCGUGGCUGACUCACAGGCCGAGGCCAAACUGAGCAACUUUUGGCAGCUGAUCGUAGAUGAAAAGAAGCAGAUUUUCACUUCUGAGAAGUUUUUACUCCUGGCUUCAGAGGAUGCCCUGUGUACUGUGCUGCAUUUGACGGAGAGGCUUUUCCUCGACCAUCCGCAGAGACUCACCAACAGCAGAGUUCAACAGUACUAUCGGGUCCUGGUGGCUGUACUCCUGAGUCGUACGUGGCAUGUGCGCAGGCAGGCACAGCAGACAGUUCGGAAGUUGUUGUCUUCUCUCGGGGGUAUUAAGCUGGCCAAUGGCCUUUUGGAAGAGCUGAAGAUUGUCCUCAGUUCUCACAAGGUGCUGCCCAUGGAGGCUCUUGUGACAGAUGCGGGAGAGGUGACUGAGAUGGGCAAGGCCUAUGUGCCUCCACGGGUCCUACAGGAAGCACUGUGUGUCAUCUCUGGGGUGCCAGGGCUCAAGGGUGACAUCGCUAGCACUGAGCAGCUGGCCCAGGAGAUGCUGAUCAUCUCUCACCACCCGUCCUUAGUGGCAGUGCAGUCCGCACUCUGGCCAGCACUUCUCACCAGGAUGAAGAUUGACCCUGAAGCCUUCAUCACCAGGCACCUGGAUCAGAUCAUCCCCAGAAUCACUACACAGAGUCCCCUGAACCAGUCUUCCAUGAACGCCAUGGGCUCCCUUUCCAUCCUGUCUCCUGACCGAGUCCUCCCUCAGCUCAUCAGCACUAUCACGGCCUCUGUGCAGAACCCUGCACUGUGCCUCGUGACUCGGGAGGAAUUUGCCAUCAUGCAGACCCCUGCCGGAGAGCUGUUUGAUAAGUCCAUCAUCCAGAGUGCCCAGCAGGACAGCAUAAAAAAGGCCAAUAUGAAGCGAGAGAACAAAGCCUACUCCUUUAAGGAGCAGAUCAUUGAGCUGGAGCUGAAGGAGGAGAUAAAGAAGAAGAAAGGCAUAAAAGAGGAGGUGCAACUGACUAGCAAGCAGAAGGAGAUGCUGCAGGCCCAGAUGGACAAGGAGGCGCACGUCCGGAGGCGGCUGCAGGAGCUGGAUGGGGAGCUAGAGGCAGCACUCGGACUGCUAGACGCCAUCAUGACCAGGAACCCAUGUGGCCUGACCCAGUACAUCCCUGUUUUGGUCGACGCCUUCCUGCCCUUGCUGAAAUCUCCCCUGGCUGCUCCCAGGGUCAAAGGCCCCUUUCUGUCCUUGGCUGCCUGUGUCAUGCCCCCUAGACUCAAGGCCUUGGGCACCUUGGUGAGUCAUGUGACGCUGCGCCUGCUGAAGCCAGAGUGCUCUCUGGACAAGUCCUGGUGCCAAGAAGAGCUUUCAGUGGCUGUGAGGAGGGCGGUGUCGCUGCUGCACACCCACACCAUCAGCAGCAGGGUGGGCAAGGGUGAGCCAGAUGCUGCACCGCUGUCCGCACCGGCCUUCUCCUUGGUCUUCCCAAUGUUGAAGAUGGUGCUCACUGAGAUGCCCUACCACAGUGAGGAGGAGGAGGAGCAAAUGGCCCAGAUCCUUCAGAUCCUGACUGUCCACGCGCAGCUGAGGGCUUCUCCCGACACCCCACCCGAGAGAGUGGAUGAGAAUGGCCCAGAGUUGCUGCCUCGAGUGGCCAUGCUGCGCCUGCUGACAUGGGUGAUCGGAACAGGCUCCCCUCGCCUACAGGUUCUAGCCUCAGACACACUGACCACCCUGUGUGCCAGCAGCAGUGGGGAGGACGGCUGUGCCUUCGCGGAGCAGGAGGAAGUGGACGUGCUGCUCUCUGCCUUGCAGUCUCCGUGUACCAGUGUGCGGGAGACUGCACUCCGGGGACUGAUGGAGCUCCAGCUUGUAUUGCCAGCACCCGACACUGAUGAAAAGAACGGCCUGAACCUGCUGCGGAGACUCUGGGUUGUUAAGUUUGACAAGGAUGAUGAGAUCCGGAAGCUGGCUGAGAGGCUGUGGUCGACCAUGGGCCUCGAUCUGCAGUCAGAUCUCUGCUCUUUGCUGAUCGAUGAUGUGAUAUACCAUGAGGCGGCGGUGAGGCAGGCUGGGGCUGAAGCCCUUUCCCAGGCGGUGGCACGGUACCAGCGGCAGGCAGCAGAGGUUAUGGGCAGGCUCAUGGAGAUCUACCAGGAGAAGCUCUAUAGACCGCCCCCGGUACUGGAUGCUUUGGGACGAGUGAUCUCAGAGUCCCCCCCAGACCAGUGGGAAGCCAGGUGUGGCCUAGCCUUGGCCCUGAAUAAGCUCUCACAGUAUUUGGAUAGCUCUCAGGUGAAGCCGCUCUUUCAGUUUUUUGUUCCUGAUGCCCUCAAUGACCGAAACCCAGAUGUCCGGAAGUGCAUGUUAGAUGCAGCGCUUGCAACACUCAAUGCCCAUGGGAAGGAGAAUGUCAACUCAUUGCUGCCAGUGUUUGAGGAGUUCUUGAAGGAUGCACCCAAUGAUGCCAGCUAUGACGCCGUGCGGCAGAGUGUGGUGGUCCUGAUGGGUUCUUUGGCCAAGCACCUGGACAAGAGUGACCCCAAAGUAAAACCCAUUGUUGCCAAGCUCAUUGCCGCCCUCUCAACACCUUCUCAGCAGGUCCAGGAGUCUGUUGCCAGCUGCUUGCCACCUCUUGUACCCGCUGUCAAGGAGGAUGCUGGGGGAAUGAUCCAGCGGCUCAUGCAGCAGCUGCUGGAGUCAGACAAGUAUGCAGAGCGUAAAGGAGCUGCAUAUGGGCUGGCAGGCCUGGUGAAAGGCCUGGGCAUCCUCUCCCUGAAGCAGCAGGAGAUGAUGGCCGCACUGACCGAUGCCAUUCAGGAUAAGAAGAAUUUCCGAAGACGAGAGGGAGCUCUGUUUGCCUUCGAGAUGCUCUGCACCAUGCUGGGGAAGCUCUUCGAGCCCUAUGUGGUCCAUGUGUUGCCCCAUCUGCUACUGUGUUUUGGGGAUGGGAACCAGUAUGUACGUGAGGCUGCAGAUGAUUGUGCCAAAGCUGUGAUGAGCAACCUGAGUGCUCAUGGUGUGAAGUUGGUGCUCCCGUCCUUGUUAGCUGCCCUGGAGGAGGAAUCCUGGCGGACCAAAGCCGGGUCUGUAGAGCUACUUGGGGCAAUGGCGUAUUGUGCUCCUAAGCAGCUGUCAUCCUGCCUACCCAACAUUGUACCCAAGCUCACAGAGGUGCUGACAGACUCCCACGUCAAAGUGCAGAAGGCUGGACAGCAAGCACUCAGACAGAUCGGCUCUGUCAUCAGGAAUCCAGAGAUCCUGGCCAUUGCCCCGGUCCUGCUGGACGCCCUGACGGACCCAUCAAGGAAGACUCAGAAAUGCCUUCAGACCCUGCUGGACACCAAGUUUGUUCACUUCAUUGACGCCCCGUCCUUGGCGCUCAUCAUGCCUAUUGUCCAGAGAGCCUUUCAGGACCGUUCCACAGACACGCGGAAGAUGGCAGCACAAAUUAUUGGCAACAUGUACUCCCUGACAGACCAGAAGGACUUGGCUCCUUACCUGCCCAGUGUGACACCUGGCCUGAAAGCCUCACUCUUGGACCCUGUCCCUGAGGUGCGCACAGUAUCUGCAAAGGCUCUUGGGGCCAUGGUGAAGGGCAUGGGGGAGUCGUGCUUUGAAGAUUUGCUACCUUGGCUGAUGGAGACGCUGACAUAUGAGCAGAGCUCUGUAGAUCGUUCUGGCGCUGCCCAAGGGUUGGCUGAGGUAAUGGCUGGCUUAGGAGUAGAGAAGUUGGAGAAAUUGAUGCCAGAAAUUGUGGCUACAGCCAGCAAAGUGGACAUCGCACCCCAUGUCCGAGAUGGCUACAUUAUGAUGUUCAACUACCUGCCCAUCACCUUUGGGGACAAGUUUACUCCUUAUGUGGGACCCAUCAUCCCUUGUAUCCUCAAAGCUCUUGCUGAUGAGAAUGAGUUUGUUCGUGACACUGCCCUACGUGCAGGCCAGCGGGUCAUCUCCAUGUAUGCUGAGACAGCCAUUGCUCUGCUGCUGCCGCAGCUGGAGCAAGGCCUCUUUGAUGACCUCUGGAGAAUACGGUUCAGCUCUGUUCAACUCCUUGGGGACCUCCUGUUUCACAUCUCCGGGGUCACUGGAAAAAUGACCACAGAGACAGCCUCAGAGGAUGAUAACUUUGGAACUGCUCAGUCUAACAAGGCAAUCAUCACUGCCCUGGGGGUUGAUCGGCGGAACCGGGUCCUGGCAGGGCUCUACAUGGGCCGCUCAGACACCCAGCUGGUGGUGAGGCAGGCGUCACUGCAUGUGUGGAAGAUUGUCGUUUCCAACACCCCCCGCACGCUGCGCGAGAUCCUGCCCACUCUCUUUGGCCUCCUGCUGGGUUUUCUGGCUAGUACGUGUGCAGAUAAGAGAACGAUUGCAGCAAGGACACUGGGAGAUCUGGUCCGGAAGCUAGGGGAGAAGAUCCUCCCUGAGAUCAUCCCCAUCCUUGAGGAAGGCCUAAGGUCUCAGAAGAGCGACGAGAGGCAGGGUGUGUGUAUCGGUCUGAGUGAGAUCAUGAAGUCUACCAGCCGGGACGCUGUGCUGUAUUUCUCUGAGUCCCUCGUGCCCACGGCGAGGAAGGCCUUAUGUGAUCCCCUAGAGGAGGUCCGAGAGGCAGCAGCCAAGACCUUUGAGCAGCUGCACUCCACCAUUGGCCACCAGGCUUUGGAGGACAUUCUCCCGUUUCUCCUGAAGCAGCUGGAUGACGAGGAGGUGUCAGAAUUUGCCCUGGACGGUCUGAAGCAGGUUAUGGCUGUUAAGAGCCGUGUGGUGCUGCCCUACCUGGUGCCCAAGCUGACAACGCCACCUGUCAAUACCCGGGUGCUGGCUUUCCUUUCGUCCGUGGCAGGCGAUGCUCUGACGCGUCAUCUUGGUGUGAUCCUCCCAGCAGUCAUGUUGGCCUUGAAGGAGAAGCUCGGGACUCCAGACGAGCAGCUGGAGAUGGCCAAUUGUCAGGCUGUGAUCCUCUCAGUAGAGGAUGACACUGGACACCGCAUCAUUAUUGAGGACCUGUUGGAAGCCACUCGCAGCCCCGAGGUGGGCAUGCGGCAGGCCGCUGCUAUCAUCCUCAGCAUCUACUGCUCCCGCUCUAAGGCGGACUACACCAGCCACCUUCGGAACCUGGUCUCGGGCUUGAUCCGCCUCUUCAAUGACUCCAGUCCUGUGGUUCUGGAGGAGAGCUGGGAUGCCCUCAAUGCCAUCACCAAGAAGCUGGACGCAGGCAACCAGCUGGCCCUGAUAGAAGAGCUGCAUAAGGAAAUCCGGUUUAUAGGCAACGAGAGCAAAGGCGAGCAUGUCCCAGGCUUCUGCCUGCCCAAGAAGGGAGUGACUUCCAUCCUUCCAGUGUUGCGGGAAGGAGUCCUCACUGGCAGUCCUGAGCAGAAGGAAGAAGCAGCCAAGGCCUUGGGUUUGGUGAUCCGCCUGACAUCAGCUGAUGCCCUGAGGCCAUCUGUGGUCAGUAUCACUGGCCCCCUGAUUCGCAUCCUUGGGGAUCGGUUCAGCUGGAAUGUAAAGGCGGCUCUGUUGGAGACACUCAGCCUCUUGCUGGCCAAGGUUGGAAUUGCCCUGAAGCCCUUCCUGCCUCAGCUUCAGACCACCUUUACCAAAGCCCUGCAGGACUCCAACCGGGGCGUGCGCCUGAAGGCUGCGGAUGCACUGGGGAAACUCAUUUCUAUCCACAUUAAGGUGGACCCCCUUUUCACAGAGCUGCUCAAUGGAAUUCGUGUGAUGGAGGACCCAGGUGUGAGAGAUACCAUGUUGCAGGCCCUGAGGUUUGUGAUUCAGGGUGCAGGUGCCAAAGUGGAUGCUGCCAUCCGGAAAAACAUUGUCUCACUCCUGCUAAGCAUGCUGGGACAUGAUGAGGACAAUACUCGGAUCUCCUCAGCUGGGUGCCUUGGGGAGCUGUGUGCCUUUUUGACCGAAGAGGAGCUCAGCACUGUCCUUCAGCAGUGCUUGCUGGCUGACAUAUCUGGUAUUGACUGGAUGGUUCGGCAUGGCCGGAGCCUAGCGCUCUCUGUGGCUGUGAAUGUGGCUCCCAGCAGACUCUGUGCAGGCAAACACAGCAAUGAGAUUCAGGACAUGAUCCUCAGCAAUGCCGUGGCAGACAGGAUCCCCAUUGCCGUGAGUGGCAUCCGAGGCAUGGGCUUCCUCAUGAAGUAUCACAUCGAGACAGGAGAGGGGCAAUUGCCUCCCAGACUCUCCAGCCUCCUCAUUAAGUGUCUGCAGAACCCAUCUAGUGACAUCAGGCUGGUUGCUGAGAAGAUGAUCUGGUGGGCAAAUAAGGACCCCCGGCCUCCCCUGGAGCCGCAGACCAUCAAGCCCAUCCUGAAGGCUCUUCUUGACAACACCAAGGACAAGAACACUGUAGUGAGGGCCUACAGCGACCAGGCCAUUGUGAACCUGCUCAAGAUGAGGCAGGGCGAGGAGCUGUUUCAGUCACUCUCCAAGAUCCUGGACGUGGCCAGCUUGGAGGCACUGAAUGAAUGCAACCGAAGGUCGCUGAAGAAGCUGGCCAGUCAGGCGGACUCCGUGGAACAGGUGGAUGAUACCAUCCUGACGUGACAGGCCAGGUCCUCUGCAGAAGCUCCGCCCCACAUCUUUGUUCACUGUUUUCAUUUUUGAAAAUGCGUUUAUUCCAAGGGGAAGCUCAGGAGAUGGAGUUCCCAGAAAGUAUUUUAGUAUUCAACUGACCAGAGCCAAAGCCUUAAAUCAACUCACACACAACUGAAAAUGGUCUCCUCCAUCUCCUGCCCUUAUCUUUGGAGAAGAGAAAGAAAAGCGCACUCAUAAACCUUAGAGUGGCAGCUAGGGGGUGUUGUUCAGCACUACGAGGCCCAGAUUCUCCUGGCCAAGAGCUCCCAGGGUCUGAGUGGGCACAGAGCUGCAGAGCUCUGCGGAUGCUGCGUCUGGGUUUUUUCUGACUUGUCGAGACAGUGAUGCUCAUGGUCAUCCACCUCUGCGGUUCCAGGUCUUGGGGGUGUAGGCCAUUCAGGAAGAGUGUUUAAUAAAGGCUUUGAUUUCAUCUUGAAAGAGGUGGGGCUUUUGUUGUCUGUCUCUGACUGUGUAAUCCAGGCUGUCCUUGAAUUCAGAGCUCUACUAGCCUCUGC